CGGUAAAACAAAUUCUUUACGCGACUUCAAGACUCGAAGGCGAGAAAACCUAGGACUCUUGUCUCUCUCUCUCUCUCUCUCUCUCCAUUCAACUCUGUGUCUCACUAGCUCUUUCUCUCUAGUCUCCAUUGUUUCGCUUGAAUUGCGCAUACGAUCAUCACUGAUCAUUAAAGAGAAGCCGCAUGAAUUUGUUUGGGAGGCUAAUUUGUUCAUCUUCGAUUUCAAGCCACUUCACGACUUGUCUUCUCAUCUUCAUCCUUCAUUUUUCUCCCCAGCGUAGUAAUAACAAUAAUAACAAUCGUAAUUCUAAUAAUCUCGAGCUUAAUCGUUUUAUCAAAAAUUGAAAGAAAAAAAAUCAUGGAGUCGCGAAAAAACUCUGAUCCUCAAAUGCAUAGAGUUGGUGAGAGGAUGAAGACAAGGUCACCGUCCGUGAUAGUUGUCGGAAGUGGUUUUGCUGGAAUCUCAGCUGCUCGCACUCUUCAAGAUGCUUCCUUUCAGGUUACGGUACUGGAGUCACGUGACAGGAUUGGUGGACGUGCUCACACUGAUUACUCAUUCGGUUUUCCUGUCGAUCUUGGUGCAUCAUGGCUGCACGGAGUGUGCGAAGAGAAUCCUCUGGCACCAGUAAUUGGGAGACUAGGUCUGCCCUUGUAUCGUACAAGUGGUGACAAUUCCGUCUUGUAUGAUCAUGAUCUUGAGAGUUAUGCUCUGUUUGAUACUGAAGGCAAUCAAGUUCCUAAAGAGUUAGUAAGAGAGGUUGGCGUAACAUUUGAGAAGAUUUUGGAAGAGGUCAAGAAAGUGAGGGAUGAGCAGGAUGCAGACAUGUCAAUAUCUCAGGCUUUCUCAAUUGUGAUUUCAAGGAAACCCGAGUUGAGGUUAGAGGGGCUUGCACACAAUGUAAUUCAAUGGUACUUGUGCCGCAUGGAAGGAUGGUUUGCUGCCGAUGCUGAUACCAUCUCUGUACAGUGUUGGGACCAGGAGGAAAUGCUUCCUGGUGGACACGGUCUUAUGGUUAGAGGGUAUCGUCCUGUCAUCAAUACCUUGGCCAAAGGGCUUGAUAUUCGACUAAACCAUAGGGUUACUAAGAUCCUAAGACAGUAUAAUGGAGUGAAAGUAACGACAGAAGAUGGUGAAACAUUUGUUGCGGAUGCUGCAGUUUCGCCUUCAUAUUUCGUGUUCUGAGUUUCGCCUUCAUGCAACUGAAGAGAAU